AUAAGUUUUAACAUACGUUUUUAGCUUCAUAAAUAUUGUUUAAAAGUUAGAUUCCAGUUAAUAAAUUUUGAGCAGGAUAAGUACGGGUAUCUAUAAAUAAUUGUUUAUUUAAAACAUAUUAUCAUAUUAUUAUAUGUGAACCUGACACGUAUAACGGACUAUGGAAGAACGUAAUUAUGUAAUAUUGCUUGCUUAAAUGCUUUUAAACAUUUUACGCAGGAAUAACAACAGAUUUUAUCUAAUUCAGUCAAAUUAUGUAAUUCAUUGGGAACGGUUUAUUUAAAAAUGGUUAAUAUUUUUAAAAAGGUCGACGACUCUAAACAAUUUGAAACUGAUCCAUUAUUAAAAUCCAAGGAAGAAAAACAACCGUAUUGGAAAAAACCAUGGUUUACCCUUUUUAUAGUAAUAUUAGUAAUUGCUAUUACUACAGCUGUAAUAGUAUACAUAUUUUAUCAUAAAGACAAUUCAUCAAAUACAAUUAAUUUUUACGAAUCGGAGGCAAAUGCCGUUAAAUUUAAAGCAACAACGUCAACACGUAAUCCUAUAUAUUUUGAAGUCAAAUCUGCACAUCCAACCUCUAGGGUGUCGAGCAUAGCAACAACUAAUGAAGACUACUUCAAGCAAUGUGCACCAGUCGUUACCUGUAACCCAGACGAUAAAUACCGAACAUUCAAUGGGUCGUGCAAUAAUUUGCAGCAUCCUAGCUGGGGUGCAGCUUUAACACCGUUUUACAGGCUGAUGAACGCCGAAUUUGAUGAUGGUAAUUAUACGUUUAGAGUUCAGUUGGACGGAAAACCAUUACCUAGUGCUAGGCAAGUAGGUUUGAAAUUAUUUUAUAUAAGAGACAACCGUAACUUUGACCAUGACAAUAAUGAGUUAUUAGUUCCAUGGGGACAGUUUUUGACACACGAUAUAUCGUUUUAUCCUGAUGAUAUUCGAAAUACUUCUACUCCAGCUAAUUUAGAUCACUGUUUUGAAAAAGACAAGACCAAAAUUCCAAUUGAAUGUGAAACUGCUAUAUUUAUAACAGCAGACGACCCAGUAUAUAGCCAAUAUAAUGUAUCGCUGUUUAAAUUUGUCCGAUCUAUGCCUUCAGUGAAUUUUAGUUGCCCAUUAACACCCAGAACUAUUCUCAAUAGAAAUACACAAUAUAUUGAUGGGUCUCACGUAUACGGCUCAGACAAAGAAAUAGCCGAUGGUCUUCGAACAUUUGAAAAUGGUAAACUCAAGUCAAGGAUAUUAAAAAAUGAGGAAUAUUGUCCACAGAAUCCUGAUUCUGAAUUUAAAGAUGGCCCGUUAGGAAAAUCUAAUAUUCAAUUCGCUGCAGGCGAUAAAAACGUUAAUCAAAAUUUAGCUAUUGCAUUGUUUCAAAAUUUAUUUUUAAGAUAUCACAAUCAUUUGGCUGAUGAAAUACAGACGUUAAAUCCGUCAUGGUCUGACGAAAGAAUUUACCAAGAAACUCGCAGAAUUGUCGGGGCAAUUAUACAAGUUAUAACAUAUGAACAUUUCUUGCCAAUUAUUCUAGGAGACGAAUACAUGAAAGAGUAUGGAUUAACCGGACAGACGAUUUACGAUCCUUCAAUUAAUUCGGCUUUAUCACAAGAGAUGACAAGUGGUGCAUUCCGAGCUGUUCACAACAUUAUUCCCGCUAAAUUCAACUUUAUAAGUGCAAACUAUUCAAUCGUCGACGAAGUAGAGCCUUCAAGAGUGUUAUUGAAGCCAGACUUGCUUAUAGGAAAUUUCGAUAACAUGCUACGAGGGUUCUUGGAAACCCCUGGCCGAGCUGUACAACCAUCUUAUAAUAAUUUGAUUACAAAUGUCGUGUUUAAAAUACCAAAUUUAGAUACAUACUCAGGAUUUGAUUUAAUGUCUUACGAUAUUCAAAGAGGCAGAGAUAAUGGUCUUCCACCAUAUAACAAAAUGAGAUAUUUGUGUGGAUUAAAUAAAGCUUAUACAUUCAAUGACUUAUCCGAUUUAAUUUCUUUAGAGGAUAUUGAAACUUUAAAAUCGCUAUACUCUACUGUGCAUGACAUAGACUAUCUUGUUGGUGCUCUUUUGGAAAAACCUAGAAACGGUUCAAUGGUUGGUCCAUCAACUGCAUGUGUAAUUGGAGACAGUUUUUACAGGUUUAAAGCUGGUGAUCGUUUCUUUUAUGAUAUUCUAGGACAACCAGGAAGUUUCACCACGGCACAAAUUAAAGUAUUGAAAAAAAUCACUCUUAGUCACGUUAUGUGUACAUCAUCAAACUUGAGCCAAAUACAAAAGGAAACAUUUAGAUUUGUUGACCAUAAGUGGAUGUCAAGUAUCAAGUAUAACUGUAAAUCAUAUAAGCUGGAUUUAUCACCAUGGAAGGAUUUUUCAUCAUAAUUGCAUCAUAACAUAACUACUUUUUUUUAUAUAAUUUUCCUUUUUUCUUUGAAUAUCAAUGACUAAACAAUAAUUAAUAUUUUA